CUGAAAAUGAGAAGAUCCCAAAUUUUCCCCUCCAACCACUGCCUGCUGCUGCUGCUGCUGGCCCAGCUGAGCUGUGCCCAGUACGAGCACUGGCCAUACCUGCCUGGCUACCCCGAACCAGCCCCCCAGGUGUUCCAGCCCCCCCAGAGAGCCCCAAACGUCCCCAAAAUCCAGCUGAGGCUGGCAGGGCAGAAGAGGAAGCACAACGAGGGCAGGGUGGAGGUGUUCUACAGCGGGGAGUGGGGCACCGUGUGCGACGACGACUUCUCCAUCCACGCCGCCCACGUGGCCUGCAGGGAGCUGGGGUACGUGGAGGCCGUGUCCUGGCUGCCAGGCUCCAAGUAUGGAAAAGGAGAAGGGAAGAUCUGGCUGGACAACGUGCACUGCACGGGCAGGGAGAGCAGCCUGGCCGCCUGCGGCUCCAACGGCUGGGGCGUGAGCGACUGCAAGCACAGCGAGGACGUGGGUGUGGUGUGCAGCGAGAAGAGGAUCCCUGGCUUCAAGUUUGACAACUCCCUGAUUAAUCAAAUUGAGAACAUGAACAUCCAGGUGGAGGACAUCCGCAUCCGCGCCAUCCUGGCCACCUACCGCAAGCGGGUCCCGGUCACCGAGGGCUACGUGGAGGUGAAGGACGAGGGCAGCUGGAAGCAGAUCUGCGACAAGCACUGGACCAUGAAGAACUCCCGGGUGGUGUGCGGGAUGUUCGGCUUCCCCAGCGAGAGGAAGUACAACGCCAACGUCUACAAGGGCUUAAAUCCAGUCCAGGGGGGGUCUCGAGGCAUCCAGGGGAGCACCCUGGACUCGCAGGGUGACGUCCGCAAUGACAUCUACGUCACCCUGAUCCAGGGCGAGUUCGACAAAGGCAAGAAGAAAACGCCCAAGAACGUCGAGGUCACCAUGUCUGUGCACGACGAGGACGGGAACCUGCAGGAGAAAGCCAUCCACCCCGGGGCUGGCUACGAGGGAGUCUCGGAGUACAAGUCUGUGGUUUAUUACCAGGUCAAGCAGCCCUGCUGGUACGAGACUGUCAAGGUACUGACGAGGAAAUGCCCCGGGGGGAGGCUGGGAGAACACGGGGAGCUCGCAAAGCUGGGCUCGCUUAGUCUAGAGAGGAGGAGAGCGCCGAGCAGGGCGGAAAAAUCCCAGGAGGUUCCAAAAUGUUUCCAGAAAUGCUGGAAAACGAGGCUGGGAUUGGUCGUGCCCAGUGUCAGGGGCAGGGAAAGGACGAAACAAGCGGCAAACAGGAGCGUGCAGCCCCUGGUGAGGCUGAAAGGAGGAGCCAACACGGGGGAAGGCCGGGUGGAGGUGCUGAAGAACGGCGAGUGGGGCACGGUGUGCGACGACAACUGGAACCUGGUGUCGGCCAGCGUGGUGUGCCGCGAGCUGGGCUUCACCACACAGAAGGAGUUUUUUACCUUUUUCUCUCCUUUUCCCCAAGGAAUGGGUCCCAUCCACCUGAACGAGAUCGACUGCACGGGCUUUGAGAAGUCGGUCACGGACUGCAAGUUCAACACCGAGUCCCAGGGCUGCAACCACGAGGAAGAUGCUGCUGUGAGGUGCAACGUGCCAGCCAUGGGCUUCCAGAACCAGCUCCGCCUGAGCGGGGGGCGCAACCCCUACGAGGGGCGUGUGGAGGUGCUGGCCGAGCGCAACGGGACCCUGCGCUGGGGCACGGUCUGCAGCCACAACUGGGGCACCGUGGAGGCCAUGGUGGUGUGCAGGCAGCUGGGGCUGGGCUUUGCCAGCCACGCCUUCCAGGAAACGUGGUACUGGCACGGGGACGUCAGCGCCGACGACGUGGUGAUGAGCGGGGUCAAGUGCUCGGGGACAGAGAUGUCCCUGUCCCACUGCCGGCACGACGGGGCGCACGUGUCCUGCCCCAGGGGAGGGGGACGCUUCGGGGCCGGCGUGUCCUGCUCGGAGACCGCCCCUGACCUGGUGCUGAACGCGGAGCUGGUGGAGCAGACGGCGUACCUGGAGGACAGGCCCAUGUUCCUGCUGCAGUGCGCCCUGGAGGAGAACUGCCUGGCCAGCUCGGCCCACAACACCUCGCUGGCCUCGGGCUACCGGCGCCUGCUGCGCUUCUCCUCCCAGAUCCACAACAACGGCCAGUCCGACUUCCGGCCCAAGAACGGGCGCCACGCCUGGGUGUGGCACGACUGUCACCGGCACUACCACAGCAUGGAGGUGUUCACCCACUACGACCUGCUGAACCUCAACGGCACCAAGGUGGCCGAGGGACACAAGGCCAGCUUCUGCCUGGAGGACACGGAAUGCGAGGCAGAUGUGCAGAAACAGUACGAGUGUGCCAAUUUUGGGGAGCAGGGGAUCACGGUUGGCUGCUGGGACGUUUACAGGCACGACAUCGACUGCCAGUGGAUCGACAUCACCGACGUGCCCCCCGGGGAUUACCUCUUCCAGGUCGUGAUCAACCCCAACUACGAGGUGGCAGAGUCGGAUUAUUCCAACAACGUCAUGAAAUGCCGGAGCCGCUACGACGGGCAGCGCAUCUGGAUGUACAACUGCCACAUAGGCGGUUCCUUCAGCGAGGAGACGGAGCAGAAAUUCGACCACUUCAGGGGACUCACAAAUAACAACGUGUCCGCCCGGUAGAAUUCCCACUAAUUUAAGGAAGCCAGGACUCCUGCUCCGGCCCUUCCCGAACCACUGCACCCCCAGGACGUCGAGCCUCAACCAAACUCUGAAUUCCAGGAUCGCUCCUGAAAAGAAAAAAACGCCUCUCCCUUCCCAGUUUAGGUGCUCAGGCCACCCCUCGGUGCCUCCUGCGAUUCCAGCUCUCAGCUCUGGCUCUUCACCACUCCAAAGAUUCCUCCUGCACUCAGGUUUGGUGCCAGCCACCCAAAAA